UCGUACGUUGAAAAUGGUCUUCAUCCGGUGCCGGAGCCGGACAAGAUCGUGGGCGCGCCGUACUAUCACCAAUACAACCAAGUUUCUGGAAUGCCGAGCCAUCCUCAUGAACAAGUGACGUCGAAAAACAGGAUAUGUGGUAUAAGCUUGGCAAUGUUCAUACUCUGGUGCAUACUGGGAUUCCUUCUGGCGCUGCUGGCUAUCGUCGCGGGGGUAUUUGGGAGCAUGCUCGCAAGACAGAGCUCGGAAAUCUCAAACCUCAAGAACGUGGUCGCGACAAAAACAACCGGUCCCGACGCCAACGCCACAGCAACGACAGCCGCACCCGCCGCGACGACGACGUGGGUCGAGGUGGUGGAUUGGGAGUACAUCGGCUGCUACGAGGACGCUUCGAACCGCGUGUUCCCGGACAAGUACACGGACAUUGAGGACCAGACGAACCGGCUCCGCGCGGGUGUGUGUUCUGGGUACGAGUACUUUGGCACCGAGUUCGGGGACCAGUGAUACUGUUCGCGGAUGCCGCCGACGACAGCUGCGCCGGCGUGGAAUUGCAAUAUGCACUGCAAUGGCUCGCAGGCGUCGGAGAUUUGUGGGGGGUUUUUCUUUUUGAGUGCUUGGAAGAAGAAGGUCUGAGGUUGAGGGCUGGGUAUGAGGUCUUUGCAGGGGGUUCAUUGGAUGUGACGACGUGAGUACAGGUCUGCUUCAGCUGUCCUUGCAUGGUUAUA